GAAAGGACCAUUCUGCUUAUGGUAAUAUAGGGGUUUUAUGGUAGCUGCUAUGAGGUUUAUUUAUGGACACUCCUUAAUAAACAUUGGUGUGGUCAAUUUGUGAGAGAAACCCAGACUCUUAUGAUUGAUGGAUCACUAUUCCUUGGAUUGGGACAUUUGUCCAGCAUCUAUAUACCUAAUGGCCUCAUGAAAGGAAAAUAACUGAAUGAAAGGAGAGUUUCUGUAUCUAAGGCAUUCUAAUAGGUAGAAAACAACUAUAUUUUCAAGAACUUUGGGAUAUGGCAACUUGAUUGUAUUAACUAUAAAGACAUGAAGAACAUAUCAUGAUCAUUUUUUUUUCAAGAAUGCACCAUUUUUCUUUGAGAAACCAAAAUAGCAAUAUGAUGCACUAGCAUUUUAAGGAACAUUGAUGUGGAGUUGCAGAGGAGACACAGGUUGGAUCAUUCAUCAAACUGUGGGGGACAUAAAAACGUGGAGGAACAGUAGCCACCCAAAGCAUGCUGGAGAGGAGAUUAGACAUCAAUUUACUGCAGAAAAGUGUAAAGGAGGGAAUCCUACUAAAGCAGACCAGCUCUUUCCAACGAUGGAAGAGGAGAUACUUUAAACUGCGUGGGAGGACCCUGUACUAUGCUAAGGACUCCAAGUCUUUGAUUUUCGAUGAAGUGGACCUGUCAGAUGCCAGUGUGGCUGAGACUAGCACAAAGAAUAUUAACAACAGCUUCACGGUCAUCACUCCAUUCCGUAAGCUCAUUCUGUGUGCGGAGAACAGGAAAGAGAUGGAAGACUGGAUUGGAGCAUUGAAAUCUGUGCAGAAAUGGGAACUCAAUGAGACCACCCAGUUUAAUAUGGAACAUUUUUCGGGGAUGCACAACUGGUAUGCUUGCUCCCAUGCCCGUCCAACCUUCUGUAAUGUGUGCAGAGAGGCACUAUCAGGAGUCACCUCGCAUGGACUGUCCUGUGAAGUCUGCAAGUUCAAAGCUCACAAACGCUGUGCCGUGAGGGCCAUAAAUAACUGCAAGUGGACCACGCUGGCAUCCGUCGGAAAUGAAAUCAUAGAAGAUGAAGAUGGGGUGACAAUGCCCCAUCAGUGGCUGGAGGGCAACCUACCUGUGAGUGCUAAAUGUGCAGUAUGUGACAAGACCUGUGGCAGCGUGCGAAGACUGCAGGACUGGAGAUGUCUGUGGUGCAAAGCUAUAGUUCACAGCUCUUGUAAAGAGCAGUUAGAUAAAAUCUGUCCCCUAGGUGCCUGCAGGGUCUCCAUUAUCCCCCCUACUGCGCUGAACAGCAUUGACUCUGACGGAUUUUGGAAGGCCACUUCCCCUGCCUCUUGUGCCAGUCCACUCCUUGUCUUUGUAAAUUCUAAGAGUGGAGAUAACCAGGGUGUGAAAUUCCUGCGCAAGUUCAAGCAGUUCCUCAAUCCAGCUCAGGUGUUCGAUUUGAUGAAUGGGGGACCACAACUAGGGCUUCGCCUAUUCCAGAAAUUCUCUACAUUCCGUAUUCUAGCCUGUGGUGGAGAUGGCAGUGUGGGGUGGGUCCUGUCUGAGAUUGACAAGCUGGGACUUCACAAACAGUGCCAACUUGGAGUUCUUCCUCUAGGUACUGGGAAUGAUUUGGCACGUGUCCUAGGUUGGGGUAGCCUCUGUGAUGAUGAUGCUCAACUGCUUCAAAUCCUGGAGAAAUUGGAAAGAGCUACAACUAAAAUGCUUGACAGGUGGAGUAUUCUAACUUAUGAGUCUCCCAAACACUCUCCCCCUGCAAUCAGAGAGGAUGAGAAUGGAGAAUCCAAGUUUCAGGUGCAGAUCACUCAGUAUGCGGACUCCGUGGCCUUGCACCUUGCCAAGAUCUUGGAGUCAGACAAGCACUGUGAUGUAAUUUCUUCUGCCAAGUUCUUGUGCCUUUCGGUUAAUGAUUUCAUCACAGAAGUUGGUAAGGCUUACCAGAGAGCAGCAGAAAACAGAGAAGAAGCAGAUAAUAUGUCAAGAAAGUGUUCCAUGCUCAAUGAGAAGCUGGAUUCUUUGGUCAGAGCUUUGAAUGAGGAGUCUCAAGCGAUAAUGGCUCCUUCCCCAUGGAGUCUACAUCCUGACUCUGCACUGAAGGAGAACAGCAAAGAAGUAAAUGAGAAGGGAGAUCUUGGAGAGAACAUAGCCAAGAAUUUUAAGUCUAAGGAGCAGCUGAUGCUAAGGGCAAACAGUUUGAAGAAAGCACUGAAACAGAUCAUAGAGCAAGCUGAGAAGGCUGUGGAUGAGCAGAACAAACACACACAAGCAUUCAGUACCCCUGUGACAUCUCCAAUUCAGAAGGAAAGCUCAGAGGAAUUUAACAAGGAGGAUGAGAGGUUAGCCUCCAGACGAGCUACUGUCUCAUCUACCACCUCCUCUAUAAUCCUCGAUCGACCCUUUGCGUUUAGCCCCCUGCACUUUACGGAGGAUACUAACUCUAUACAAUUUUCAGAGAGAUGCACUAUGAAUAAUUACUUUGGGAUUGGACUGGAUGCCAAAAUUUCCCUUGAGUUUAAUAACAAAAGAGAGGAACAUCCCAAGAAAUGCAGCAGUCGCACACGGAAUAUGAUGUGGUAUGGUGUGUUGGGCACUAAGGAACUACUUCAGAAAACAUAUAAGAACCUAGAACAGAGAGUCAAGUUGGAGUGUGAUGGGGUGACCAUCUCCUUACCAAGUCUUCAGGGCAUCGCCGUUCUCAAUAUUCCAAGCUACGCUGGAGGCAUCAACUUCUGGGGAGGAACCAAAGAGGACAGUAAUUUCGGUGCCCCUUCUUUUGAUGAUAAAAAACUAGAGGUGGUGGCUGUCUUUGGAAGCAUUCAGAUGGCAAUGUCACGCGUCAUUAAUCUGCAGCACCACCGUAUAGCUCAGUGUCGGGUAGUAAAGAUCACCAUCCUGGGGGAAGAGGGAGUUCCAGUGCAGGUGGAUGGAGAAGCUUGGGUGCAACCUCCUGGAAUCUUGAAAAUUCAACACAAGAACCGCGCUCAGAUGCUCACCAGAGAUAGGGCAUUUGAAAACACUUUGAAAUCCUGGGAAGACAAGAGGAAAGGGGAGAACUACAUGGCUAUGCCCAGACCACGGCUUCAUUCCCAGCAAUCAAUGGAGUACCUCACUGAGGAUGAGUGCACGCAGAUGCAACAGCUGGAGAACUCUGCGAGGAAUCUUAAUAACAGGAUUAAGGAAGUAGCUAAGUCUCAUAAGGCUGUUGAGCAGGAGCUGGCCCAUGCUGUAAACGAGAGCUCUCAGGUCCUCACUGAAGCCUUUUCCAACAAGAGCAAUAACCCAGCGGAGAUGCUUAGCAGAAAUACAGCUGUGGAUGUGGCCAUUAGUGUGAAGGCCUUGUAUACGGAGACCAGGGCUUUCCUGGGAAGCAAGCAGCAAUGGGACUCUCCCCAAGAUGAAGAAGGGCUUGUCUGCUCUCUCAACGCUGUAAGCCAAGAUCUGCAGCGACUGGCUGAUGUCCACUGGAUCAGUCACAUUAUCAAACCUUCAGAAGAAGAGAGCAGCGGCAGCAAGGGGAGCUUUAAAUUCCGAAUUAUACCAAAACAAAAGAAGGAAAAAGAGAAGUGUCAGAAACAGAAGUCAAACAGCUCCUUAACUGGAUCUGGGAAUAACCAAAGUGGGUCAUAUGAAGAGAAUUCUACAGGGUAUUAAGGACAUCACUAGCCCCAUGUAAUAACAGGAAUGUACAGCAUGAGGCUAUUGUAUUGGUGGAUAUUUGAUGUGGUGUAACACUUGCUGGGGAAAAAAAAAUCUCUACAAUUAUUCAUAGCUGGAUAGUCCAGUGUGACUUCUUUUGAAAACCAAUUCAAUCUCCAGACAGCCACCAAAGAUUGUCAACUUGAAGUAAUCAUGCAGUUCACUUCAUGCCCGGAAAAAAAGAUUCAUCUAAUGUAAAGGCUGCAUAAAGAUUCUAGAAAACAAUGAAAGCAAACAGACUUUUGCUUCUACAGUAACCAUUCAAACCCACGGGAGGCAAAAGAUUAGGCCUUAGUUUACCUGUUAGCAUAUUUGAAACCACAUAAAGACUUUACAAUAGCUGCUCAGCUUCCAUAGCAUCUGUUCAACUAAGCGUAAGUCUCAACUCCACUAUCUGGGCUUUCAAAUUUGAGGUGAAUGCAUCUGAGAACAUCUUAUCAUCUAGGUUUGAAUCUCAACAGCAGCUAAACAUUUUGAUAUAAACUUGAGCCUUGCUGUUAGGGUUUAAACUUUCACUCAGCUCAAGAUGAAAACUCAAAUUUGACCACUGCAUCGCAAACUACGGUACAACCUUGUUCUCUGGUAACUUAAUCGGACUAAAAGCAUUGCUGCAUGUAACAAAGAAAUGAACAAAGAUGAUAUUUACUUAUUUUAGAUGUAAUAUAUUUUGUGAAACUGUGACUUGUUAACUGUGGUCAUAGGACUUUGAGCCUUGUGGUCUUAAGAUGUCAUGGUGAAUGUACAGUUCAUUGAAGCAAUAUUUAUUGGUGAAGUAGCUUUUUUUGGAGUAAUUUUGUAAAGAGUAGAUGUUAUGUCACUUCCUCUAACCUCACCCUCCAAAUCCCCACAACUGAGAUUAUUUCUAGAAAUGUGAAAACAUUUUACAAUUUUAGCAACACAUCCAUAGUCAACUGACCAGAAAAGUCUAAAUAAUCCAGUAAUUAAAAUACCUUUAAAAUAUAGAACAUAACCUUGUUGGGAGAAUUCAAUUUACUUUUAUGAGGAAAAAAAAACUUAGCAUAAAAGCAUAACUGAAGUAAAAAACACAAAUCUUGAUGUAAAGGUGAAUUUAAAGGGACAUAAUACUCAAAUGCUAAAUCACUUGAAACUGAUGCAGUAUAACUGUAAAAAGCUGACAGGAAAAUAUCACCUGAGCAUCUCUAUGUAAAAAAGGAAGAUAUUUUAUCUCACAAUUUUUCUGUGUAAAAAGUUAUACUUCACCUGCUCUGAGCUGCAGGUAAAAAUAAAAAAAAAUGAAGAAAUGAACAGCAGCCAAUCAGCAUCAGCAGUGCUGAGGUCAUGAACUCUUACUGUGAUCUCAUGAGAUUUGACUUAACUCUCAUGAGAUUUCAUAGUAAGCUUCCUUUACCUGAUUGGUGAAAUAGUUCACGAUGCUCAUCCCCUAAUAUGUCCCAGGACAGACACACUAAAAUGCUGCUUAGAAGUCCUUUACAAUGGGAGGUGGCUACUGAGGAACUUUUGAGGUAAAAUAUCUUUCUUUUUUACAUAGAGAUGUUCAGGAGAUAUUUUCUAGUCAGCAUUUUACAGCUAUACUGCAUCACUUUCAAGUGUUUAAACAUUUGGGUAUUAUGGCCCUUUAAAUGAGCCCAUUAUCUCUAGAGAAUAAUAUAGAAGUCACUGCUCUACACAUGAGCAGUCAUUAAUAUAUUCCUGCAAUCUGGAAAAUGUGUGCACUGAUGGUGUUGCUGUACGUUUACCAAGUAUUUUGAUCUAUCCCACAAAGUUAUAUUCAUUACUGUAGGCCAGAAGCCUGCCGUAAACAUAAUUACCUACAAUAAGGUGGUCAGGGACCAUGUGGGGAAACAUUUUGCACUGAAAAUCCAUUUUGUGUUUCAAACAAGAAAAGAAUAUAUAUAUAUUUAUUUAUAUAUUUUUAAAGAUUAUGGCCAAAUAAGCGUUUGUGGAAGAUGCCAAAUGGAUAUCUGUAAAUUGUCGGCUGUUUUAAUUAUAGGUCUCAUUGCAUUUAAUAAAGAAAUUAAAAUCACUUCAGUUAUAGGCAAAUAAGUACCUGCAUUGGCUAAUACAUAUGGCCUCCACAGCCAAACAUAUAAUAGGAAACAUCCAGUCUUUGGCAUCUUAUUGUUUAUUCUGUAGUGUUCUAAGAUGUAUGGAGAAAAAUGAUAUAUUAUCUCUGUACAUGUUCCACCUAUCCUUCUCCAUGUUUGGUCAACUUACAUACUGGUCACUUGCAUGAAGAUAAACAUUUCGACUUGUUUGGUCCUUAAGUCUGUAUUUCAAGUCCUCAGAUAAUAAAAUUAAAUAAAAAAUAAAAA